AUGAUUACGUUUGGCCCUCGAUAUAGCUUUCUUCUCGCAACUGACUCGGCGAGUCGUCUACGGCGGGCAGGUUCAGAUCCACCAGCCAAUGCUCGAAAAGAAGAAGACGCCCGUACACUUCGACAGUUGACCGCCAACGCCAGAAGCACCAAGUUAAACCACCCCGGGGGAAUUGACAAAUUUGACGACCUCUUUGGUGGUAUCGAUCCCAGCAGGAGCAGCAGCAGCAGCAGCAGCAGCAGCAGUACCGAUAUGCCUGGCUGGAGGUAUGCCUUUGCUUUGUCCAAAGAUGCGGUCAAAGCCGCCACCCCGCCGGGGACCGUCGUGAGGCUUCUUGAACAUAACCAUAACCAUAACCAUACCCAACCACCACAACAAAUCGACUACACCCAAUUUCCUAUCCCCACGUCAGACCCUUCCGACCCCCUCAACUGGGCCCGAUGGCGCAAACUCUCCUGUCUCUGCAGCCUCUGCUACUACGCCUUUGUCUGCUCCUUUGCCUCCGCCUCGCUCGCGCCCGCUUUAGGUGUAUGGAACGUAUCCUUCCCUUCUGAUGCACGAGGAAUCGAAGAACUCAGUCGGUUGACUUUUCUGAAUGUCCUCGUGCUGGGACUGGGUAAUAUCUUUUUGGUGCCGCUGGCGAAUGCGUAUGGGAGGAGGAUCGUGUUGGUGGGGAGUGUGUUGAUGCUGUUUGUUGCGACGGCUUGUGGGACGCGAGAUAAUGGGAUUCAAGGAAAAGAAGGGAGGAGGGGGAUGAUGUAUGAGGGGAUGUUGGUCAUUAGGAUCUUUCAGGGGUUGGGGAGUAGUGUGUCGGAGACGCUGGGGCCGGUGGUGGUGGGGGAAAUGUUUUUUGUGAGGGAGAGGGGGAGGUGGAUGGCUCUGUAUACCGCUUCUUUGGCCGGCGGAUCGGCAAUAGGAGGGAUAUGUGGAGGAUACAUUUCCACGAGAUACGGAUGGUUCGGUAUCUUUUGGGUGACUGCUGCUUUGACAGGAGUGGCGUUGCUGGCAAUGGUGUUCUUGGUUCCGGAGACGCUGUUUGAAAGGGGCCCGUUGUGUUUCCCGGCGAUUGCAGCUGCUUGUCGGAAAGAGAGGCAUAGACAUCGACAUGGACAACAUCGAAACCACCACCACGACAUCGCGGAAGAAGAAAAGGAAAUUGACGGCGGAGGUGUUGAUGGGCAGUACCGCCACAGCAACCGAAGAUCGAGCGUUCGACGAUACUAUUUUCAACCUACUCGCACACCGUAUCUCAGCUUGGGCACAUUACCGUCCAUACGAAUGACGAUGCCGUCACGAUUCAUCACCUCGGUCUAUACCCCGCUGAACAUCAAUACAAACCAACCUCAGUACUUCCGGGACUACUGGGAUCCACGACUAGGGCUGACUUGGUACGAAACAGCCUCGGAGUCGGAGGAUGAGGAUGAGUCUGAGGAGGAGAGGCUCUCCAUGGGUGGUCACGGGAGGGAGUCCUCAUUGCCAACGGUUCUACGGCCGCCGCCACCUACAGCAGCAGCGGCGCAAGGGGGACGAGAUGUGGCUGCCGGUGGCCUAUUUGCUUCCCCAGGAGGAAUCUCAGCACGACGAGCCACCGCCCAAAGACCUCGCUACCGCCUCUUUCCUCCUUCCGAGGUUGACAUGCGUCCAAUCCUGUGCCACGAACCGGCACCACCCCGGAGAGACACUAACGACCAUCUAAAUCACUUCUUCACCCACGGCGGCGGCGCCUUCGUCUCCCCCUUCAACAAUGGUGGCAACUCGGUCUUUUCUUCCGUCCCUUCCUCACAAGAUCCACCCACCACCCACUACGAACCCUACACCUACCUCCGCUCCCUCCGCUUCUUCAUCUUCUUUCCUCCACGCCAGCGGCCGCCUCCACCCCACACCCCUUUCGACCUCCCGUUUCCCGAAUUAUCCCCUUCUUCCACUUACCAGUACUCCCCCCACAAUUUCAGUCCUAAUCCCAAUUUGCAUCCCAACCCCAACCCCGUUUUCCGUCCCCGUCAUAAUCCUACUAUCCUUAAACCCUCCUUCUUCCAUUUUGAUUCCUCCCCCUCUUCAAGUCCCACGCAAAUACUCCCCUUCCCCUUCCCUGGAACAACCACAACCCCCAAAUCCCUCUGGCGCCAUUUUUUGUCUCCCAUCCUCACCCUCCGUCUCCCGGCCGUCUGGAUAGCCACAUUACAUUCCUCCCUAUUGAUCGGCUCCGUCUCCGUUUUAUCCACACUCGGACCUUCGCUGCUGGCUUCAGCGCCUUAUUACUGGACUCCAGACCAUGCAGGGGCGGUAUUGUUUGGUGGGGCGGUGAUGGGGAUCGUGUUGGGGGGACUGUAUGUAUUUGUGGUGGGGGAUGAGAAGAUGAAAGGGGGGGUUGCUGGUACCUCGGAGGGAAGGGCUAGAGGGGAAGGAGGGAGAGGGGGAGGGGCAAGGGGAGGAGGAGGAAGCACUAGGAGGGGAAGGGGAAGUAGCAGUAGGGGAAGGAGAGGGGAGAGGGGAGGAAGGACAGGUGGGAAGAUGGAGAGAAUCAAAAGCUGGGGGGAGAGGUUAUUUGGUAGCGGAAACAGUGACUACGGGUAUGCAGAGGCGGAAAGUAGGUUGAUGGUUGCGUUGCCUGGGCUGGUGAUUGCCACGGCCGGGUUACUGGUUUGGGGGUUUUGCGGGGAGUAUGGACCUGCUUUGGACGCAGCUGCUGCUUCUGCUGCUGGGAAUAAUAGCACAAGUGGUGGGAAUGGGAAUGUUACGGUGGGUGUGGGACCGGGACUGGGCAGUGGGAAUGGAGGAGGAGGGUAUGGAGUGAAUAGGUAUAGUUGGCUUGGGUUGAUGUUUGCGUUUGGGAUGGUCGGCUUUGGGAUGGCUGGGGUGCCGGGGGUUUGGUUUAAUUAUCUCAUUGACUCCUACGCCAACUUGGCCUCCGAUUGCUUCGUCAUGAUCUGCAUAUCGCGCGGCCUUGUCCCCUUCGUCUGGACCUUCUUUGUUAGCGAGUGGGUUGCGAAGCAAGGGUAUCUGAUACCCUUUGGCGGGCUCACGGCCAUCUUGGGCGUGCUGUCUCUGUUGUUGAUACCAGUUAUUUGGUACGGGAAGAGGACGAGGAUUGCUACGGCUAGGUUUGUUGUUGGGAAUCAGUGA